AUGGCCCCCAAGUCGCUCGAGGACAACGUCAAGUCGCUCUCGCUCGCAGGCGUCGCGUCCCACACGGCACCAAAGGGCGCCACGGGCUUCUUCAAGUGGCUGUGGGCCCACCGCCGCAACAAGCACAAGGGCGACCCGGCAAAGGAGCUCGUCUACGCCGAGGGCGUCCAGAUCGUCCGCGCCUUCCUCGCCUUUGCCGCAAAGCACGGCGUCGGCGAGCUGCAGCGCUUCACCGCAAGUCACGUCCCGACGCCAAAGUGGGUGUCCAAGGUCACGGUCCCUGUCGCGCAGGCCAACAUCAACCGCGCCGCGCACCUCCUCCGCAAGGCGUUCGCAGUCGACCCUCGCACCGUCGAGCUCGUCGGCGGCGAGCAGUGGUGGACUCUGCGAGGGACCCCGCUCACCGGCGAGUGGAUCGAGAUGAAGAAGGACAAGGUCAAGCGCGGCAAGAUCCCGGCCGAGCGCGUCCUCCUGUACCUCCACGGUGGCGCCCACUUCUUCAGCUCUCUCGAGACGCACCGUUACCAGAUCCAGCGUCACGCCCGCAAGCUCGGCGCGCGCGCAUUCGCGCCUUCUCAGCGCCUCGCCCCGCAGUACCCGUUCCCAUGCGCCCUCCACGACUCGCUCGCGGCGUACCUCUUCCUCAUCGACCCGCCGCGGGACGGCAGCGUCGAGCACGAACCUGUACUGCCCGAGCACAUCAUCAUCUCGGGCGACUCGGCAGGUGGUGGACUGGCGCUCUCGCUUCUCGUCCUUCUGCGCGACCUCGGGCUGCCGAUGCCUGCCGGCGCGACGCUCAUCUCGCCCUGGGUCGACUUGUCGCACUCGUUCCCGUCCGUCGCAGGUGAUGGCGCCGGCGACUAUAUUCCGCCCAACGGCUUCAUCUACAAGCCCGACCUCGUGUGGCCGCCGCCGCCAAACCCGGCGACCCGGCUCGAGCAGGUCCUCGUCGGCGAGGAGGAGCUGUCGGCGCAAGGGCUCGACGUCGUCGUCCGCAUCGACGACCAGGUGCAGCUCUAUACCCACAACCUCCUGCUCGACCACCCGUUCGUGUCGCCCGUCAACCAGGGCUCGCUCGGCGGCCUGCCGCCUCUCUACAUCAGCUGCGGCGGCUCCGAGCUACUCCACGACGAGAUCAUCCACAUCGCCCACAAGGCCGCCAACCCGUCGUCGUACCCGCCCGCGCAGCGCAUCUUCGACCAGUACCCGUCGCAGAAGGCGCACUACGAGCAGGACUACCCGCCGACCAAGGUCCAGCUCCAGGUCUUCGACGGCGGCUGCCACGUCGCGACGACUUUGAGCGUCACGAGCCUCGCGAAAUACAUGUACCGCGGUGCCGCCAACGCCGCCCUGUUCUUCCUCGCCGGCGCCAAGGCCGAGUCCGAGCGGCGCGCCGUCUACGCCGUGCGCCACGUACACCGCCAGGCCGCCAAGUCGUCCAACCCGUCGACGACAGCCUCGUCGACGGCCAACAGCAGCUCGUCGUCGCUGCGCGGCGCGACCGUGUCGGCCGUCAACCCGAAGGCGCCCGUCUUGCCCCACAUGACGAGCAAGGACGCCGAGCGCGCCAACGCCGAGGCGCUCGACGAGCCGGGCGACAGUGGCUCGGAGGCCGACGACGCGAGCGUCGCCUACACCGACUCGUCGAGCGCGCCGUCUGCGUCGGGCGGCGAGCGCCACGGCGACGGCGCGGGGCCGGGCAAGGCGGCGCGCCCGCAGCGGGUCCAGGCGCUCGGCCAGCUGCCGCCGUUCUCGCCGCGCAGCGAGGGCGCCGAGCCGUGCGCGAGCGGCGGCAUGGUGCGGCAGCGUGUCAGCCUCAAGGGCUUUGUGCGCCCGCUCGAGCCGGCGGCCGAGCUCGACGGCUGCACGAUGCCGGCCGAGGCGAUCGGCCGGCUGCACGCCGGGCCCGUCCGCAAGUGGCUCGCGCAGCGGCGCGAGUGGGACGAGCGGUACGCCAAGGAGCUCGCGCACUUCCGGGCGCUCAAGGAGGCCGACUGGGACAAGGCGCGCGCGACGGGCUACCUGGCGGGCCAGUUCAAGGGCGAGCGGCCGCCGUUGGGCAGCGUCGCCGGCUGGGCCGACGAGCGGCUCGCCAAGGAGGCGGCGAGGAGCGUCGACGAGGUCGGGCAGAAGACGGGUGCGACGAUGGCGCUCGGCAUGUGGAGCGGGAUCUCGGCGCGGCCGGACGAGCAGGCGGUCGGCGGCGAGGAGGAGCUCGCCAAGGUCAAGUCGCGCGCGAGUGCCGAGACGAAGCGCGGCGACCCCGAGGCCAACCCGGCGGCUUGA